AUGUCCCUUGAUUUGACCCGUGCUCCGGUACAUCAAACCGCGCUUCGCCUCAAGAAUGGUCAGCUCAGGGUGGAGCAAUAUGCCAAAGCUUUGCUCGCUCGUAUUGCGGCCAGAGACCCUGAGGUGCACGCGUGGGCAUAUAUCGACCACGAGUACGUGCUGGCUCAAGCACGCAAGCUCGAUAAAAUCCCUGCUGAGAAAAGGGGGCCUUUGCAUGGUGUUCCGGUGGCAAUAAAAGACAUUGCUCUUACAAAAGACAUGCCAACGAGGUACAACUCAGAUAUCUAUCGUGGUACAACCGCCUCGAGCAUAGACGCUGCCUGCGUUGCUACACUAAGGGCUUCGGGGGCAUUGCUUCUGGGCAAGACUCACUCGACCGAAUUCGCCGCAACUACUGAGGGAGGACCCUGUGUGAAUCCACACAAUGUCAAGCACACUCCCGGUGGUUCGUCGUCUGGAUCGGCUGCAGCAGUCGCUGAUUUCCAAGUGCCUCUUGCUCUAGGCACUCAGACAGGGGGCAGUGUUGUGCGGCCGGCCUCGUAUACUGGCGUAUAUGGGUUUAAAGCCACCUGGGGCGCGAUAUCGAGAGAAGGGCUUGCGCAGUAUUCCAUAACCUGCGAUACGCCUGGUUUCUUUGCGCGGAAUGUCGAUGACCUUGAGCUACUGGCAAAAGUUUACGAUCUUGAAGACAUACCUUCAACCAAAUUUCAACUCCAAGGGGCGAGAAUUGGGUUCUUGAAAACGCAUGUAUGGGAUCUAGCACCAGCCGGACCUAGCCUACAAGUUGCAUGGGAAAAGGCAAAGGACCUAUUAACUCAACACGGGGCAAAAGUUGAGGAAAUCGAAUGGCCAGACGCCGAUUUUGAAAAAUUGACCAAAUGGCACCUGGCGAUUAUGAAUGGUGAAGGACGCAGUGCUUUUUACGGACACUAUGUGCUUGACAAGGACAACCUGCCUUCCUUCUUGAUAGAUCAGGUCGAAAACAACAAUAAUAUAUCGCGCCUCGAUUUCCUGGAAGCUCUUGACGGCUCCGCGCGCCUACGACCUAUAUGGGACCGUUUCUCUACCCAAUACGACGCGAUUAUAACGCCUAGCGUGCCUGAUAUAGCUCCAGAGGGACUUGAAUUCACAGGUGAUGCAAGCUUUUGUCAACCGUGGUCACUCUUACAUGCCCCCUGCAUAAACCUGCCAGGCUUUGCUGGAGAGAAGGGGCUGCCGAUUGGGUUGACACUUGUCGCUGGAAGAUACCACGAUCGACAGGUGCUGGACACGGGCAAAACAAUUGGGAAUAUUUUUGAAAAGGAAGGUGGGUUUAACUCAAGUCUUUAA